AUGGAACAUGAUCGCCGGCAUUACAAAUAUAGGACCUCACUGCCGGUUGCCCAAUUCAGCCGAGGUGACUUCUCACUCUGGUCGGUCCUGAAGAACUGUGUGGGAAAGGAACUGUCCAAGAUCACGAUGCCGGUCGUUUUCAACGAGCCGCUGUCCUUUUUGCAGCGUAUGCUGGAGUAUUUAGAGUACGCUCAUCUCUUACGGAUGGCUUCCGAACAGACGGACCCUGUUGCUAGGAUGGAAUAUAUCGCAGCUUUCGCAGUAAGUGCUUUAGCAUCCAAUUGGGAGCGUCUGGGAAAACCUUUCAACCCUCUUCUCGGUGAAACCUACGAGCUCGAACGACCAGAGUUCAGAGCUGUUUGUGAACAGGUGUCACACCACCCUCCAGUGUCUGCUUUUCAUGCAGACAGCCCUCACUUCGUGUUCCAUGGAUCAGUGCAUCCUAAGCUAAAAUUCUGCGGCAAGAGUGUCGAGAUACAGCCAAAGGGGCAUGUUACUGUGGAGCUGCCACGAUGGGGUGAAGCGUAUACCUGGAGUAACGUGAACUGCUGCGUCCACAACGUGAUAGUUGGCAAGUUGUGGAUCGAGCAGUACGGUGCUAUGGAGGUCACCUGCCAUGGCGGGGCUGGUCUCAAGGCAAACCUGGCGUUCAAACCUGCCGGCUUCAACAAUCGAGAUCUGCAUAGAGUCGAUGGCUUUAUUAUUGACCAAAGUAAGAAACGCCUCCGCUUCCUGUACGGCAAGUGGACAGAGUGCAUCAAGGUGUGCAGCGCAGCCGCGUACGAGCAGUGGGCGCGCGAGCGCGGGGACGACUCCAACACUCAGCACACGCCCAAGAAAGUCUUAGCCAAGCUCAACAGCUUUAAAGUUGGCGCUCUACGCUCUAUGUCUAUACAGGAUAACGAUGAAGCCGAAAACUCAGAAGAAGUGCCGAAGCCGGAUGAAUCGUACAACAUCGAUAUACCAGGCUCUGUCACACUUUGGGAAGCUCGCCCUAGGCCCAGCAAUAGUGCGCAGUACUACCAGUUCACGGAGUUCGCGAUGUCUCUGAACGAGCUGGAACGAGACAUGAAGGGGCAGCUCUGUCCCACCGACAGCCGGCUGCGGCCGGACAUCCGGCUGCUGGAGCAGGGCGACAUAGACGGCGCCGCCGCUGAGAAGACCAGGCUGGAGGAAAAACAACGUGCUGCCAGGAAAGUGCUGAAGAAGAACACUGAUGGAUGGAAUCCAAGAUGGUUCAGCCAGGGCACGAACCCGUACACCAAGCAAGAAGAUUGGCUCUACAACGGCGGCUACUGGGACCGCAACUAUCAACACCUGAAAGAUGUCGAUAUAUUC